UGUUUGUGUUGGUCCCAGGGCAGCAACGAUCUUUAUCGCUCUAGAGCUAAACGGACAGGCUUAGCUUAAGAAGGGAUCAAAACACGGCAGACACCGCCGCUAGACGAGAAAAGUUCCGCCAGACGGAUCGAGAAGUGUCGCGUCAAGAGUACGCAGGCGGGACCACGUAGCAAACCAAGAUGGCGUCGGCAGCAGGAUCCUCGCGCUUUCAAGCGUUCAUGAACCACCCCGCUGGGCCAAAGACAGUAUUCUUUUGGGCGCCCAUGAUGAAGUGGUGCCUGGUGCUUGCAGGUAUCAAGGAUCUCAGUCGCCCGGCAGACAAGCUUUCGGUCUCUCAAAAUGUCGCGCUCGCUGCGACCGGUAUGAUUUGGGUUCGGUACUCGCUGGUCAUCAACCCCGUCAACUACUCUCUCGCUGCAGUCAACUUUUUCGUCGGCGCAACAGGUCUUACCCAACUCUACCGUAUUUGGGACCACCAGAAGAAGAACCCAGUCACAGCAGCGAUAGAGCAAAACAAGUCGCAGGACAAGAAGCUGGUGUAAUGCCACAACAGCCGGCAUUUGCUCGAGCCCCUGGUUGCGUGCGGGAUUUACCCUAAUGUCAGGUUUUCCUCUUGCCAAAUGCCCCACCUUGUAUUCUUUCCGUUAUGUAGAGCUGUUCAACCAUG